AUGGCAGAACCCUCCAAAUCUCAGACCCAGAUUGAAAUGAAGCAACCACCAACGUCAUUACAACCAAGAAUUUCCAUCGAUCUCAGCACCGAAGACCUAAUCAAAGAACAGAGAGUCCCCUUAUUCGGAUCCCUAUCACGUGGAAGAGAGAACACUUGGGUCAUCUCUCUCUUUGUCAUCCUCCACUUGGUGGCAUUUGCAGCCACCAUGCUUGUCAAUGAUUGUUGGCAAAACUCUCAUGGUGAAUGCGCAUUGAAACCCCUCGGAAGGCUUUCUUUUCAGCCUCUAUCAGAGAAUCCCCUGUUCGUGAGGAUUGGGAUUAUCUACAUACUCUCUGCCUUUACUGGUAGUAUGGUGGCUGCACUAUUUCUUCAAGAUAGAUCAUCAGUUACUUCUUCUGGUGCUCUGUUUGGAUUGCUUGGUGCUAUGCUUUCUGGGCUUAUCCGGAACUGGAAAUAUUACACCAAAAAGUUCCCAACUCUUGUAGCUUUUCUCUUCCUCUUGGCUAUGAAUCUUGUCCUUGGUCUCCUACCUCAUGUCAACAAUUUUUCAAAUGUUGGAGGAUUCAUAUCAGGAUUCCUUCUUGGGUUUGUGCUGCUAUUCAGCCCUCGGCUAGGGAAAAUGGUUCAAAACAAAAGCGGUUUGUUUGAUUAUGGUGUUAAAGGUUCUCUCAAUCUCAGGCAGAAGCUGGACAGGCCAGUGCUGAGGAGUAUAUCCCUUGUUCUGUUCUCUCUUUUACUUGCGGGAGUUAUUGUAGCAGUUCUUCAUGGCAUAAAUAUGAAUAAGUACUGUAGCUGGUGUAGAUAUAUUGACUGUGUUCCCUUUAAAUGGUGGAGCUGCAAUGACAAGACAAUGCAUUGUGAGACAAUGAUAAGCUCAGAGUAUAUGACUUUAACUUGUGCGAAUAAUGGCAAGUUCAGGGAUUUCCCAUUCGCCAACGUCUCACAAGCAAGGAUUGAGGAUCUAUGCAAUCUGAUAUGCUCUUAG